UCGGAUACCACUAGAAGCACUAGAAGAUGUUGGAAAUGUUGAUGAUACUGUUGACAAAAUUGACUUAAACAGCGAUGUUGAUGGAACUGAUUUAAGGAGUGAUAUAUAUUAUAUGAGUUCUCCUUCCUCUUCUUUCAGCAAUGAUAAAGAUCAAGAUAGUUUUGAUGAGUCUCUUAGCAAUACAUUUAUAUGGCAAAUUAAAAAUUUCCAACAUUUCUACAAAUGUCCAUGGUCUGACAUAAUAUGGAGUGAAUCAUUCUAUUCAAAAACAUCAAUAAAAAAUAACAAGCACUGUUGGAGAUUAGGAAUAAUGCCACACAAUUAUGAAAAAUCAAAGAAAUAUGUUUCAUGGUUCAUCUAUGGUUUCCAAACAGAUUAUGAAAAAGAUAAUUCAAUUAAAUGGAGAAGUGUUAGUACUAAGAUAGAAGUUUUUAAAUUAUUUGAGUUGUCACAAUUAUUCCCAAGUAAUAAUACAUCAAUUGAAGUUGCCAUUAUAAUCAGAUUAAAAUACUACACUGAAAGUAAUUUAUCAUCAUCAUCUGAUAACAAAAACAGCAAUAGCAAUAGUGUUAUUGAUAAGCACCAGCUUACUCUAGAAGAAUCGUUUUUUAAUAAAAAAAUUUAUAGUGAUGUUGCUUUUAGUUUUGAUAAUAAUCUAGAUAUAAUGGCCUCAAAAACAAUUUUAUCUACAAGAUCUAAGUACUUCAAAAUAAUGUUUAAUGGAGAAUGGGCAGAAUCAAGAGCAAAAAUAAUUCCAAUUAAAGAUGUUACUUAUCAAUGUUUCAAAGCUUUGAUUUAUUUCAUCUAUACAAAUAAGCUAGAUGAUGGUCUCGAAUUUGAAGAUUUAAAAGAUCUAUAUAUUGAAGCUGAUAUGAAAGAAAUUCCAAAAUUGAAAAAACUGGUUGAAUCAAGGGUUGCCAAUCAAGUUAGGAAUGACAAUUGGAAUGAGAUAUUAUUAUUUGGUUUAGAAAUGAAUAAUGAGAGUUUGAAAAAGGCAGCUUUAAAAUAUGUCCACAACAAUUGGGGCAAUGUUAAAAGAAGUAAAGAAUUUCAUGAAGUAAUGACAUAUG